UGCAACUUUCCCACGCCUGUUGUUGUGGCGUCUGCCCUCUGCCCGUCGCCCCUCCCUCGCACUCUUCUCACCCCCUUUUGCCCCGUCACGCUCCCCUCCCUCCCUUCCCUGCCUCUUUCUUUCCCUUCUUUUCCUUCCAGUCUGCUUCUUCUUCUGUAGUGCCGUUGGCUUUGGUCAGGGAGCUGGGGGGAGGGAUCUCGCGAUUGUUGGGACUUUUUUUUUUUUUAAUUUUUUUUCCGGGGGGAGAGUUAUUCGGAAGAUGGCGCCCGUUGUAACGGGGAAGUUUGGUGAGCGACCUCAGCCACAACGAUUAACAAGGGAAGCCAUGAGGAACUACUUGAAGGACAAAGAUGAUCAAACGGUGCUCAUUUUACACGCAAAAGUCGCACAAAAGUCAUAUGGCAAUGAAAAAAGGUUUUUCUGUCCUCCACCGUGUGUGUAUCUGAUGGGCACCGGAUGGCAAAAGAAGUUGGAAAAAAUGGAGAAGGAGGGCUGUACUGAGCAGGAGGCCCAGCCUUGUGCCUUCAUUGGAAUUGGCAACAGUGAGCAGGAGAUGCAGCAGCUCAAUCUGGAGGGCAAGCACUUCUGCACAGCUAAGACACUGUAUAUCAGUGACUCAGAUAAAAGGAAGCACUUCAUGCUAUCUGUAAAGAUGUUGUAUGGAAACAGCGCCAACAUUGGAGUCUUCCUCAGCAAGAGGAUCAAGGUCAUCUCCAAGCCCUCCAAGAAGAAACAGUCCUUGAAAAAUGCUGAUUUAUGUAUAGCAUCUGGGACAAAGGUGGCCUUGUUUAACCGCCUGCGUUCCCAGACGGUCAGUACCAGGUAUCUCCAUGUGGAGGGGGGAAACUUUCAUGCCAGCUCCCAACAGUGGGGUGCCUUCUACAUUCACCUCUUGGACGAUGAUGAGUCUGAAGGGGAGGAGUUUGCUGUAAGAGAUGGUUACAUUCACUAUGGCCAGACAGUCAAAUUGGUUUGUUCUGUGACUGGCAUGGCGCUGCCAAGACUGAUCAUUCGAAAAGUGGACAAGCAAGCAGCUUUACUGGAUGCUGAUGACCCGGUGUCCCAGCUUCACAAGUGUGCCUUUUACCUGAAAGAUACAGACAGGAUGUAUCUCUGUCUGUCACAGGAGAGGAUCAUCCAGUUCCAGGCUACACCGUGCUCCAAAGAGACCAACAAGGAGAUGAUUAAUGAUGGUGCUUCAUGGACUAUCAUUAGUACUGACAAGGCAGAGUACACCUUUUAUGAGGGCAUGGGCCCCGUGCCCACACCAGUAACACCUGUCCCUGUGGUUGAAAGCCUGCAGUUAAAUGGUGGAGGAGAUGUUGCUAUGUUGGAGCUGACAGGACAGAACUUCACCCCUAACCUCAGAGUUUGGUUUGGAGAUGUGGAGGCAGACACCAUGUACAGAUGUGGGGAGAGCAUCCUUUGCGUGGUGCCAGACAUCUCUGCCUUUAGGGAGGGUUGGCGCUGGGUGAGACAGCCAGUUCAGGUCCCUGUCACGCUGGUUCGCAGUGAUGGAAUCAUCUACGCCACUGCCUUGACCUUCACGUAUACCCCCGAACCAGGACCAAGACCUCACUGCAGCGCUGCUGGGGCUAUUCUGCGGUCACACAGCACCUCUUCAUCAUCACCCGCAUCUUCAUCCUCACCUUCAUCUUUGAUGGGUGGGCUCGGGGAUGGCCACGGAGCCUACAGCAGUAGUGACUCGGGCAUGUCGUCUGGGACUUCAGCUAUGUCGGUGCUCUCAUAGUAAAAUGUGUUUUGUGAUUGUGCUCUCAGUGACUGAGUGAAAUAAUGUGAGCAUGUUCUCCAAAGAGGCUCAUGGACCUGUGAAGAAUUGCACAGAAGCUAAGAAGUUCUUUGUUAGAGGAACUGUGAAACUAUGAGGAGGAAAAAAAGACAACUUCAAAAGCAAGAGUUGUGAUUUCUGACUGUACUGUAUCACCCUCUUGUGGAUUGUCGUGGACAUAUCAUAAGCUCCACUCAGAGUAACGUGAUAUCCAUCCUCUUCAUCUAAAAGAAGGUGAACUAUCUAACUCCCAUAGCGACAUCAUUUGUAAAAUAACCUUUUUGUUUUGUUUUUAUAUACUUGGCGGGUUUGGAAGCUACUUUAACUGCUUUCUUACUACCAUCAUUAUGUUUGCAGAUGAACACAAACUUGUAAUUGCAUUGAGCAAGGGAAAAUUUGUAAGAAUAACAUAGUUUUAUGGACCAAGGAAUAUUAUUAUAUUAUUUUAUUCAUAUUGUAUUUUAUGAGCUUUUUCUGAGGUACAUUUUUUGUAUGAUACACUGCAUAGUAAGAUCAGUUUGUUACCAAGAUAGUUUUUCAUAUUGUUGCCUCCCAUUCCUGUUUUCUCUCAGUUGAGUCAAGAUGGAAAUGGCUUUUCAUGUGUGUAAUAGUCAGACAACAGCUUCUCACCUUUUUUUUUUCUUUUUUUAAAGCUUACUAAUUGUCGUUAACAGUUCAGUGUGUUGCAAUGAAAAAGAGUCAGUCAGGAGGCACUUUAGAAAAUGAAGAUAUCUCGAUGUCUGCUUGCAGUUAUUGGCUUGGCUGUUUUGUUUUCCAGGCCACUGAACAGUUUUGGUUUGUCUUUUAUAUCAAAGAUGAAAUUUUUAAUGAAUGUAGAGAGAGAGAAAGUGUGAGUGUGAGUGUGAGGGAGAGGGAGAGAUCAGCCUGUAAUACAGAGUGUUCUCUCUUUAAUGAUUUUGCUCUUUUUGUACUCUCUGUACUGGGUCCCAAAUCUAAACAAGCAGUUCCUCCUGUUACCAUAGCAAUGCAUACAGCAGCAGUCGCUUUUUCUCCCACAUAUAAGUGAAGCCUUUUAUAAAAAGUGUCUUAUCUCUUGCAUAUUUUCAGAGAAAAUCAAGAAGCAAAGGAGGAAUGGUAAAAAUGUCUUGCCCUCUUGAAGAGCUGAUCUUUAGUUUGAGCUGAGAUUUAAAGGGUUUUAAAGUGAGCUCAUGUACUGGGGGGAAAAAUACUAUCUCUGUAGUUUCAUCGCUGCCCAGUAAACCAAUUUAUCAUUAGUGUCAUACUGCUGCUGACCUUUUGUUGAAUUUAGUUUUUUCAAACAAUGCCUGAACAAAAGUUCAGCAGAGCUACUAGUCAUCCUUGGCUGCCCUUUGGGUCAUUAAGUGAUGAGGUACAGGAUAAAAGUUUGAACAAUCAUACCAAGGUGGUAACAUCCUAGUCCUACAGGAUCUGAAUUGCUUAAUUUUGUACAAGCUGACAAGAUAUUAUUGCAUUAUGCUGUUAUGCUGUGUAAGUUGUAAAUGUGUUUUUUAUGGCAAUAAUAACUAGUUUAGUACCAGUUAUACCAAGAAUAAGAGAUAAGAAGAGUGAGAUGCUGAAGAGAAGGGUAUGGGUAGGAGAAGAAUUCCCAGUGUGAAUUAUUUGUUUCAAGCCCUGCGUGAACAGUCUUGAGUCAAACCUUCCUGAGACUGUUCUAUGUGGGCUUUCCUUGUUCUGUCUGUGUAUGCAUGAUUUUUUUUUUUUACUUGGUGCUCUGUUUCAAAGACGUUAGCUUAAACUGAAUCAUUACUUAUUUCAAAAUAGCUGUUGAUGUGACAAAAGGUGCUUCUAGUAAAGGCUGGACUGUAAAAACAAAGUGUAAAUGUUCCUUCUGUCACUGUGACCAUCCUCUAAGCAUACAACAAGUGGACUCAUCCGGUAUGUAAAAUAAGUGAAUCAUCUCUUAAUUUCUUUCUUUCUUUUUCUUUUCUUUUUUAACACUAAUGAUGAAAUCAGAAGCUCCAACUUUAAUUGCCCAGUAAAACUGAUGUCGUUGAUCCCUGUCUUGGUCUGCAGGAGCAGAGGUAUUUGAAAUAUUUGGAAAUUUACUUACCUGAUGAAAUAUUUAAUUGUGAAUUACUGCAUCACCAAGUCACAAUAUCCUGACUCGGUUUUCCUCCGGUGUCCUUUGAUGUCUUAGUGAAUUGAUAAUAUCAGUGUCUGUGCAUAAUCUUGAUGAAUAUGUAUGCACUCUUUUCCUGUUUCUGUCUAUCAUGUAAACCAAA